AUGUCCUCCCAAUCCGACGCUUUGGACAACAUCUUCCAGCGUCUCGCCAGCAGGAGCGAAGAUGUCCGUAUUCAAGCUGGACAAGAACUUCGUGAUCAUGUAACAUCAUAUACGCAGGAAUACCCAGGACAUGAUGGCAUGAAAGGAGUAUGGGCAGAAGUAUUCCAUAAAACGUUUGAUUUCACAAGAAGUAAUAAUCAAUUUGAGAGAUUGGGUGCCAUAGUAGCUAUAGAUCAUUUGCUGGAUCUAACGAAUGAUGACACACCGGAUAGAGCACAGCAGAAGGUGCUCAGAUUAUACGAAUACUUGAGACCACUUACAACAUGUUCCGACUCAACGGUGAUGAUGGCCGCCGCCCAUGUAAUAGGUGAUAUGGUCCGUUCCGCUCCUGCAUUGCAUAAUGAAGCGUUUCUGUUGAAAGAAGUGGGACAAGCAUUAACUAUGCUAGAAGACUCAAGACAGGAAGUUGGAAGAUUCAGUGGUGUGUUGUUGCUUCAUGCCUUUGCAGUCAAUGCUCCUGCAGUAUUCCAGCAAUGGGUACCGAAAGUAUUAGAGAAGAUCUGGAUACCCCUGAGAGAUUCAAGGACUAUGGUACGAGAAAGAGCAUCUAAACUUCUUUCAGCAUGUCUGGAUAUCAUCAAAGCUCGAGAGAAAUCGCCUACGGAAACAUAUAAGAAGAUUUUCGAAGAAGCUAGAUCGGGUCUGGUGAAAGCAAAUUCUUCGGAUGCAGUUUUAGGAUCAUUGUUGUCUUUUGGUGCGAUGCUACAAAAUCAACAGUUGUCAAUGGCGGAAUAUUAUCGAUCGAUAUGCGAGCUUACCCUGAAGUACAGAGACAGUAAAGAAGUGGUCAUCCGAAAAGCGGUCAUCGCACUUAUACCGUCAAUGGCGACGUAUGAUAGCGACGAGUUUGAAGCCCUCUACUUGCAUAGGAGUAUGGCAUAUCUUUUACAGGCUCUAGGGAAACCAACGGAUAGAGAUAUUGCAUAUGUUGCACUGGGACACAUGGCUGUUCAACUGGGGUCAAAAAUGAGACCUUUCAUCGAUGACAUAACGAAGAUCAUCAGGGAGCAUCUACGUAUGAGAGGGAAGAAAAACGCUCCGUUCGAAGCACCAAUCUUCCAAUGCCUUGCUAUGCUGACCACUUCGGUCGGACCAAUGCUCACCCGACAAAUGCACGAUGUCCUAGAUCUAAUGUUUCCUUGGGGAUUAAGCGAAGCUCUAUUCCACGCUUUGGAGGUGAUUGCUAGUCAUAUACCGCCAUUAUUGCGGACAAUUCAAGAACGGCUACUCGAUACUCUAUCAAUGAUCUUGACUGGCCAUGCAUAUCGACCUCUAGGCGCACCAGCCCCAAGAGCUGGUGUCCAAAGGGAUUUAAACUUACUUCAAAAUUCGGCAGGAGGGCAAUCACCGGAGACUUUGACUUUAGCUCUGAAGGUAUUGGGAACAUUUGACUUUAGCGGCCAUACGCUCAACGAAUUUGUUCGAGAUGCCGCUUUGCCGUAUCUCGAGCACGACAGCGCUGAAGUCCGGAAGGAAGCUGUACUGGCUUCAACUCAGUUGUUUAUCAAUGAUCCUAUCUGUCAUCAAGCCAGUAGUCAUUCGAUAGAGAUAGUCAGCGACGUGCUAGAAAAGCUUUUGACUGUCGGCAUCACCGAUCCCAAUCCAUUAAUACGAAGGACUGUACUGGAAAACCUGGAUGAGAAAUUUGACCGACAUCUUGCUCAAGCUGAGGACAUUAGAUGCCUGUUUAUUGCGCUCAACGACGAAGUCUUCCAUAAUCGAGAAUUAGCAAUUGGCAUCAUUGGUAGACUGGCUCAACACAAUCCAGCUUAUGUUAUGCCUCCUUUACGAAAGAGUCUGAUCAAUCUAGUCACUGAGCUGGAGUAUUCAACCAAUGCAAAACAAAAAGAAGAAUCUGCAAAAUUACUCGAACUCCUGAUUGGAGCUGCAGCGGGUCUUGUCAAAUCAUACGCACCGACAAUCCUCUCAGUUCUACUACGUACAGCAAGCUCAUCUGAAACAUCAAUCGCCGUACAAGCGCACUGUGUGAUGUGCAUUGGCGAACUUGCUAGAGUAGCAGGAGAAGAGCUCGUACCGAAUGUUCAGACGAUAUUGACUCUGGUGAUUGACAUGCUAAAUGAUCAGUCUUCCACGUUGAAACGAGACGCAGCCUUAAAAACUCUUGGUCAAGUCGUGUCCAAUACUGGAGAAGUCAUCAAGCCAUACGUUGAUCAUCCUCAACUACUAGGUAUACUGUUCAGAUUCUUAAGAACAGAGACUAGUCAAGCGAUCAGAUUAGAGACAAUUAGAACUAUGGGUAUGUUAGGUGCUCUGGACCCAUUCAAACAUAAAUUACUGCAUGGGGGUGCGGACGACCCAAAUACCGAGAAUGCGUCUUCGAGAAUGAACGACAUAGUCCUCCUUAACCAACAUAACGGAUCAGUGAAUGAAGAGUUUUUCCAAACCGUUGUUAUCCAUUCUUUGGUGAAUGUACUGCACGAUCCAACUUACAAAGACCACUAUGAAGCUGUCGAUGCCAUCAUGAUGAUCUUCAGGACUCAAAGAUUGAGAUGUGUAAACUUCUUGCCUCAGAUCGUCCCUGCUUUCCUCAAUGUUAUCCGCAUAGCUCAUUCUUCCCGGACUGAAUUGUAUCUCAAACAACUCGCUCAAUUCAUCACUAUUGUCAAGCAACAUAUACGAAAUUACCUGAAUGACGUGUUUGACUUGAUCCAUGAAUUCUGGAAUCCAAAUUCGACCCUACAAAUCACCAUCAUCUCUUUAGUGGAAUCAAUCGCUCGAGCAGUAGAAGGAGAAUUCAAAGCCUACCUACCUAAACUCUUGCAGCAAAUCCUGCGAUCUUUCGACGGUGAAUUAACGGCAAAGCAUUUACCUGAAUUACGAUUGAAUACACUCUUACAUAUUCUUCGAGCCUUCUACGUAUUUGGAUCCAGUAUAGAAGAUUAUCUGCAUUUAGUCUUACCAGUCAUUGUAAGAUCGUUCGAAAACCCCUUAGCACCUGACUCACUCCGAAAAGCAGCUCUCAGAACAACAGGACAAUUGUGUCGGAAAGUCAAUUUCUCAGAUCAUGCGAGUCAAAUCAUACAUCCUUUAGUUAGAACACUAGGUAAUAGUUCCGAAGAGUUGAGAAGUACCGCGAUGGAUACUUUAUGUGUUUUGGUUUUACAAUUCGGUCCAGAUUACGCUAUCUUCAUUCCUAUGGUAAAUAAGGCAUUGGUAGAAAACAAAAUUGUCCAUUCUGGAUACGAGCAGUUGAUCACUAAACUGUUGAAUCGAGAAAGGUUACCUCCUGAUUUAGGCCCUGUUGAAAGAUUCGCCAAUGAUAUAUCAAGCGAAGCUUUAGCACCGGCUGAACAAAUGCAGUUGAAAGUCAAUCAACAAGCAUUAAAACUAGCAUGGGAUUGUUCGCAUAUCACGAACAAAAUAGAAUGGUUGACUUGGAUCACAGGACUAGGUCAUGAGAUGAUGAGAGAAUCCCCAAGUCAAGCUAUAAGAGCUGCUAGAACAUUAGCUUUGAGUAGUUUGACUUUCAGCAAAGAACUAUUCAAUGUGGCGUUUUAUAGUUGUUGGCAGGAGUUAUUCGAGAGUUAUCAGGAGGAUCUCUGGCAUAAUCUUGAGCUAGCAAUCACGAAUCCCAGUGUUCCACCAGACGUGGUCAGUAUCAUUCUCGGUGCCACCCAAUUCUUGGAGCACGAUGAGAAAGAAGUGUCGAUAGAAAGUAGAGUACUGGGAGACUAUGCUGCCGCAUUCCACGCCUACGCGAUUGCGCUUCACUACAAAGAACAAGAAUUUUUCCUGGAUCCUUCGACAGCUGUCGUCGAAGAUCUCAUCGGUAUCAACCAGAAGCUACAACAAUCUGAUGCAGCAUGGGGAACGCUCGAAUGGGCCCAAGGUCACAUGGAAAUGACUCAUGAUGUCAUGUGGUAUGAGAAAUUAGGCCGAUGGGAAGAAGCUUUACAAGUUUGGAAUGAAAGGUCCGAAGAUCCGGAUUCCACUUAUGAUGAAUCCGCAGUGGCAUUGGGUAAAUUACAAUGUUUACAUGCUUUAGGAGAAUGGGAAGAACUAUCCGACUUUGUCCAAAUCAGAUGGGCAAAUUCGACUCAAGAUGAAAAGAAAUUGAUGGCUCCCUUAGCGGCGGCAGCAAGUUGGUCACUUCGACAAUGGGAUUUAAUGGAUGACUACAUAGCAGCGAUGAAGAACGACUCUGCAGAUAGGAACUUUUUCAAAGCUAUCUUAGCUGUUCAUAGAAAUCAAUUUAGCUCUGCGAUUAGACAUAUCACAAAAGCGAGAGAAAGAUUAGAUGGUGAAUUGACUAGUCUGACAGGUGAAAGCUACGGUAGAGCAUAUGACGUCGUUGUUCGUGUACAAAUGCUUUCUGAACUUGAGGAAAUCAUUUCAUACAAAGAUCAUGCAGAUGAACCAGAGCGACAGGCUACUCAACGGAAGACUUGGCAAACCAGGCUCGAAGGCACACAACGUGAUGUGGAAGUAUGGCAACGUAUCCUUCAAGUCCGAUCACUUGUUCUUACUCCAAACGAGGAUAUGGACACCUGGAUUCAUUUUGCCGAUUUGUGUCGAACUUCAGAUCGACUUAACCUCGCAGAGAAGACUUUGACAUCUUUAGUAGGAUUCCCAUACCCAAGUAUGGAUCCAGAAAGUCGAGCUCGAGCCCCCCCACCAAUUAUCUUCGCAUACCUCCGUAUGGCAUGGGCUAAAAAUCUUCAAUCAGGUAACAAAGAGGAGCGGCUGGAGACCCUUCAACACCUGCGUGAUUUUACCGACCAACUUUCUGCCGAUGUUGGACUAGGCGCACGAGACCAGUACAAUAAACUGAUGUUACCCGACGCCAAGCUUUAUGGUGAAUAUACCAAGUUAUUAGCUAGAUGUCAUGUUGAAUUAGGUCAAUGGCAGGCUGCUCUGAGAGAAUCUCAAGCUACUUCUGAUCCCUCAGGAAUCUUGCAUGACUAUUCAUUAGCAACAGAAUUAGAUCCAGAAUGGUAUCAAGCAUGGCAUACAUGGGCAUUGGCUAAUUUCGAAGUUAUAACGCAACUGGAAGUUUCUCAAGCUGGAUUAUCAUCUGCUCAUUUCACUUCUUAUAUCAUCCCGGCCGUCGAAGGCUUUUUAAGAUCGAUAGCUUUAUCUCCCGGAAAUUCAUUGCAAGACACAUUGCGUUUAUUGACACUUUGGUUCACAUAUGGAUAUCAACAUGGGGUCAGCACAGCUAUCAAUCUAGGCAUUCAUACAGUCAAUAUAGAUGUGUGGUUGGAAGUUAUACCUCAAAUCAUCGCUCGUAUUCAUACACCUAGACAAGCAAUUCAACAACUAAUCGUUCGUCUCUUGCAUGAUAUCGGUAAAGCCCAUCCUCAAGCCUUAAUCUACCCUUUGACGGUUGCAAGUAAAUCAAAUGUUCCUUCGAGAAGAGCAGUGGCGCAGGGUAUAACAGCUAAGAUGAGAGAGCAUUCAGCGAAUAUCGUUGAUCAGGCUGAGUUAGUCAGUAAUGAGCUUAUCCGAGCAGCUAUCUUAUGGCAUGAAAUGUGGUAUGAUGGUCUGGAAGAAGCCUCGAAACACUACUUCGCGGACAAUGAUAUCCCUGGGAUGUUUGCAGUCUUGGAACCAUUACACGAGAUGGUGGAAAGAGGACCUGAAACAUUACGAGAAACAUCUUUUGUGCAAUCUUUCGCACACGAUCUGCGUAUAGCGCGAGAUCACCUCCGAAGAUACAAAGUUCACGGUGAUUUGACCGAAAUCCAACAAGCCUGGGACGUUUACUAUUCUAUCUUCCAACGACUUGGUAAACAGCUCAAGUUACUGAAUGUUAUCGAGUUACAAUAUGUCUCCCCUAAACUUAUGGCUGUCAGAGAUCUUGACAUUGCCGUUCCAGGUACUUACCAAAGUGGUAAACCCGUUAUCGGAAUCAAGAGUGCCAUACCGACUCUCAAGGUCAUCUCGUCCAAGCAGAAACCAAGACAGUUCAGUCUGCGUGGACGGGAUGGCAAGGAAUACACUUAUUUAUUGAAAGGACAUGAGGACCUGAGACAAGAUGAAAGAGUUAUGCAACUCUUUGGCCUGGUCAAUACUCUGCUCAACGCCGAUCAAGAAAGUGCGCGACGACAUCUCAGCAUACAAGGAUUCUCAGUUACUCCCCUUUCACCUUCUGCGGGUCUGUUAGGUUGGGUCCCUCACAGUGAUACCAUCCACGUGUUGAUCAAGCAAUACAGAGAUCAAAGGAAGAUAUUGGUUGACAUCGAGCAUAAACUCAUGCAGCAGAUGUCAGAUGAAAGUUAUGAUUCUUUACCUCUACUAAAUAAGGUAGAAAUAUUCCAAUACGCUUUAGAUAAUACAACAGGACAGGAUCUGUACAGGAUAUUAUGGUUGAAAUCUAGAAACUCAGACGUUUGGUUGGAAAGAAGAACAACUUAUACCAGAAGUUUAGGAUUGAACAGCAUGGUUGGAUAUAUCCUAGGGUUAGGUGAUAGGCAUCCUUCAAAUCUAUUGUUAGAUCAGAACACUGGAAAGAUUGUACACAUCGAUUUCGGUGACUGUUUCGAGGUUGCUCAACAGCGUGAUAAGUACCCUGAAAAGGUACCGUUCCGACUUACCAGGAUGCUCAUUCAUGCCAUGGAGGUAUGCGGGAUAACAGGAACGUUCUCUCGAUCGUGCGAAGUAUCAAUGGAAGUCUUGAGGGAAAACAGAGAAUCAUUGAUGGCUGUGCUAGAAGCUUUCGUGUAUGAUCCACUGAUUGCAUGGAGACUGAAUGCUACGGAUAAAAGGCCAGGUGGUGUACCUGAAGGAGAAGACUUGGAUGACCCAGCAGCGUAUGCUAAACAAAGAAAGAGUAAAGUGAAUGAAACGGAGAUUUUGAAUGAAGCAGAAAGAGCAGAAGUCAAGAACGAUAAAGCAUUACAAGUCAUAGAAAGAGUUCGACGUAAAUUAGCAGGCAGAGAUUUCAAACCCGAUAUAGUAUUGGACGUCAAAGAACAAGUUGAGAAAUUGGUUGAAGAAGCUACCAAAGUCGAGAACUUAUGUGUGGCUUUCUUGGGAUGGUGCUCGUUCUGGUAA